UCACUUCCGCUUGCUUCAACCUCAACGGGAAGUGGGCAUACUAGUGUGAACGUGAGCGAACCGUCAAAACAAACUAACGCACUUCAUCCAAGCUGACUUUUCUUUAUCACUAUGGACGGUGUACACACUCCUCUGCGGUGUUUUCGGGAUGGCCACCCCGCUGAGAUGUUUGCGGAUGACGGGGUGGAAACUGUGACUUCACGGGAGCAGAAAAAGGUUGAAAAGAGCAUUGAAGAAGUCAUCAAUGUUUACAAGCAAAUCCACAGCAUACCAAAGCCAACUUUGUUGCGGGAUCAACACUACCAGUAUCUCAAGAAGGGCUUACGGCAUUUAUCAGACUCUUAUGAGUGUCUGGAUGCUAGCAGACCAUGGCUUUGCUUCUGGAUUCUUCACAGUCUGGAGUUACUAGACGAGCCUGUCCCCGCCAACGUGGCCUCGGAUGUGUGUCAGUUCCUGUCUCGCUGUCAGAGCCCAACGGGAGGCUUCAGCGGCGGCCCGGCACAGCACGCCCACCUGGCGCCCACGUACGCCGCCGUCAACGCCCUCUGCAUCAUCGGCACAGAGGAAGCUUACAACAUCAUAGACCGGGAGAAGUUGUUAGAUUUCCUAUGGUCAGUGAAGCAGCCAGAUGGCUCCUUUGUGAUGCAUGUAGGAGGGGAGGUGGACGUCAGGAGUGCGUAUUGUGCUGCUUCUGUUGCAUCGCUCACAAACAUCCUCACUCCCAAACUCUUUGAAGACACCACUGACUGGAUCCUCAGGUGUCAGAACUGGGAAGGCGGGCUCAGCGGGGUGCCAGGUCUGGAGGCCCACGGCGGGUAUACGUUUUGUGGCACUGCUGCGCUAGUAAUCCUGGGAAAAGAGCACAUGCUGGAUCUCAAAGCCUUACUGAGAUGGGUUGUGAGCAGACAGAUGCGUUUUGAGGGAGGCUUCCAGGGCCGCUGCAACAAACUGGUGGACGGCUGCUACUCCUACUGGCAGGCUGGACUCCUGCCGCUCCUCCACAGAGCGCUGUUCAAAGGAGGGGAGUCGGAGCUGAGUCGACACAGGUGGAUGUUCGAGCAGCAGGCCUUGCAGGAGUACAUCCUCCUCUGCUGCCAGAACCCAACAGGGGGGCUGCUAGAUAAGCCUGGCAAAUCUAGAGACUUUUACCACACUUGUUACUGUCUGAGCGGCCUCUCGAUAGCGCAGCAUUUCGGGAACAUGGACAGCCAUCAUGAGACCGUCCUGGGCAAGGAACAGAACAGAUUGGCUCCAACUCAUCCCGUUUACAACAUGUGCCCAGAGAAGGUGGCUGAGGCUUUGCAGCACUUCCACCGGCUGCCUGUACUGACACGGAACUCCAGCGACGACAGACCGUCUGAUGCCGCCUCAGCAGACUCUUAGGUUCUAGUUAGGUCCUUUGUGGUGACGUCAGACGGGUGCGGGAGCACGACUGGAAAAGCAGCAAGUAGUGGUCAAGUCGUUGGUUGCACCCUCCGGUGAGAGGAGGCCUGGUUAGCCUCCCAGUCAGAUACAGUAAUGCCUUUUGUUGUACCCUGAAAUAGAAGCAGGUUCAGUAUGAUUGAGGUUAAUAAAAUAUUUGUAUUGCACUGAA